UCUUUUUGACACUCUCAUCCCUCCAUCUCCUCUCUUUCUUUUUAGAUUAUCACUCUAAAAAGCUGUCAUCAUGGCAAGCCAGGGUGAUAAGUCCGUUUUCGGCAUGCCCGGAUUCGUUGUCGACUUCAUGAUGGGUGGUGUCUCCGCUGCUGUCUCCAAGACUGCUGCUGCCCCCAUCGAGCGUAUCAAGCUCCUUAUCCAGAACCAGGAUGAGAUGCUUCGCGCUGGUCGUCUCGACCGUAAGUACAACGGCAUCAUGGACUGCUUCCGCCGUACCGCUGCCGCUGAGGGUGUUGUCUCUCUGUGGAGAGGUAACACCGCCAACGUCAUCCGUUACUUCCCUACCCAGGCUCUUAACUUUGCCUUCCGUGAUACCUACAAGGCCAUGUUCGCCUACAAGAAGGACCGUGAUGGCUACGCCAAGUGGAUGAUGGGUAACCUUGCCUCCGGUGGUAUGGCUGGUGCCACUUCCCUCCUCUUCGUCUACUCCCUUGAUUACGCUCGUACCCGUCUGGCCAAUGACGCCAAGUCCGCCAAGGGCGGUGGUGAUCGUCAGUUCAACGGUCUGGUUGAUGUCUACAAGAAGACCCUCGCUUCCGACGGUAUUGCCGGUCUCUACCGUGGUUUCGGUCCUUCCGUUCUUGGUAUCGUUGUCUACCGUGGUCUGUACUUCGGUAUGUACGACUCUAUUAAGCCUGUUCUCCUGGUUGGUCCUCUUGAGGGCUCUUUCCUCGCCUCUUUCCUGCUCGGCUGGACUGUCACCACUGGUGCUGGUAUUGCUUCUUACCCUCUUGACACCGUCCGUCGUCGCAUGAUGAUGACCUCCGGUGAGGCCGUCAAGUACGCCUCCUCCUUCGAUGCUUUCCGCCAGAUCGUCGCCCGUGAGGGUGUCAAGUCCCUCUUCAAGGGUGCUGGUGCUAACAUCCUCCGUGGUGUCGCUGGUGCUGGUGUCCUGUCCAUCUACGAUCAGGUUCAGCUCCUGCUCUUCGGAAAGAAGUUCAAGGGUGGCUCUGGCUAAACAGUUCAAUCAAAAUGAACUGGUUCCAGUUGUUGUAAGCCUUGUGGGGAAGGGGUUGGCCAACGUCCGGUGUAACUACCUGGGAUUGGAUGAUGGUGAAGGGGAUCUAUUAGAGAUAUGUCUCAAGUGGUCUGGUCUUGAGCAUACAAAGUGUGACAUUUUCUCUUGUACCAGUUGUACUUUACUGCCUGCAAGCUUUUUUCUUUUUUCCAACUGUAUUUUCUUAAGACA